AUGGCCAAAUUUUACAUCCCCGAAGAUAAUCUUACAAGCACACAGAAUCACAUCUUUGUACAGGGCUUGCCAGUUCGCUACAUGAGUCCCGUCCAGCAGACGUCCUCGUCCUGCCACAGCGAGCAUCCUGCCGAUGUCGUUCCUCCUAGAAUGUCUCCGCAGCAAGCUGAAAUCUUUGGGCGCAUUCUAAGUAUCGAUCCUGUCGCUCUCAACCCGUUUGGAAGACUCUCGUGGCUCAGGGAACCAAACGGCCCAUCCUAUCGGUGGCAGAGGCGCACAAGCAGGGAAGGUACUCCCUGUGUUCAUAUUAGACCCAACUGCACCCAUGCCGACAUUACGAUGCGGGUGCGCCUCGGUGAGGACGUUGUCGUCUACCUACAUGUCCCCCGCGAGUCAUGGGAAACCGCGACUUGCGACUCUCGAGCCGUCAGGGCGGCAAUCCAGAAAGGCUACCUUUCCCUCCUCAGUGGUAACCCACGUGCAAUCAUUGUGCGCGCUGGAAUGUACCCUACAGCCGUUCCAGAAGUCACACCGUCUCGAAAUUCGGGUCCAUUGCAGCCCACUACACCUUUAAAUGCUCGCGUGCCGGCACCAGAUAAGGAAAAUAUCCCACCGAUGGAUGCACCAUUUGAAAGUAUUCCAGUCCUAGACCAACGAUCAACAGGGACUACAUCAUCCAGUCUUCGCUUGCUUGUCGAAAAGGUUCAAAUGAGCCAGCAAAAGGAUGAACCUCUUCUCAAAAGUUACUUCUCUCCCCCAACGAUAGAGACUGAUUCCAGCGUGGCACGUUCGAGUCGACUUUCCCCGGUAGCAAAGGAACAAUUUAGUCACCAUCUGCACGAGAGGCUCGAAUCCAUACUCGCGCCCGAUGACUUUCCUCCCGAAGAUGGCGAUCAACGAACAGCGUCGCCCCUUCCGCCCUCGGACAUGUACUCGAAAGAACACCUAGACCCUCUUGCACAUCAAAUACCGAUACUGAAGCGAAUCAAGGGUACAAUCACCAACGCUUCAAUUGUCCUAUCACAGCUUGACCUGUUUGGACGGGCUAUCAUUUCAUGCAUUGCCUUUUCCCUCGGAGCACCAUCCAAGACAGGGAUCACUCAUUUUGAACACUUCACGUCCAUGUACCAAUCCGCUUCCUCGAAGACUGUCCACUGGAUUCGUAUGGCAACUUCCAACGCCUUGCGCUCUCAAGACGAUCCUGACUCGCCGUUAUACCCUUCAUGGUUUGUACCUCUUGUCGUCCUCCAUCUCUAUGUAGCGCUCUUCUGCACAGUCUUCCUCCUCGUCGCUCGGCUGGUCACUCCAUGGGACCAACCUAUCAUUAUUCUCGUAAGUAAUCAGGCAGACAGCUAG